GGGGGGCGGCGCGGCUUUAUUCUCAAUGGAGAUGGAGAACAGAUUAACAUUUCCUAAUUACAAAGUUGAUAGCAUUGUGGAGUUUUUUCGCUCCAGUGUUCUGACUGGCUCUGAAGUUAACAGCCUCACCAAAAAUGACCUUGUGCCAAUUGCAAAGGCGGAAGUCGUCCAACGAUUGUACUUGAGAAGUCUGCAGGCUGUGUUUGAUGCCCGAGUUGAGUCUUUCUACAUGUUGCCUGGAGAUGAAAAUAUGCCAUAUCUGCAAUUAUCUGAGGGAUUUGCCCCAAUUAUGAAUCUAUAUGUUUCCAUGCAACGAUUUAUGCCAAUGUGCCAACUUCCGAAUUUUGAGAUGAGUGAUCUCAUGAAUCCUAAAACAAAACGGACUAUCCAUAUCUUGAGUGGCAUCAUGAACUUUCUUAAGUUCAGAAAACGUGUCCUGGAGAAUUACCUGGAGCAGCAGAAUGGUUUUAAAGUUAAUGCGGAAAUGAUGCAGCAUAUGCUUUCAACGAAUGAAGACAUGAAGCGUAAAAUUGAAAAACUCACGACCAUACCAGAUGAUCAACGGGCAGAAAUUCAGGAGCUGUCUGCAUGCAUUACUGAAUUGCACCAGACUUUAAACCAUGAUUAUUGUAACGAACAAAACUCUGUUCAAGAAGCCACUGCACAACUAAAGGCUGAAAUUGCAGAAAGCAACAAGAAAUUAAGCCAGUUAAAAGUUGACUUGACUUCUGCAAAAGGAUCAAAGGCAAAGCUCAAAAUGCAGAUUGUGGAAUGUCCAGAACAAUUGAAGAAAGAAUGGAAAAAAUGAGAGAAUUAGCCCAAAAGAAGAAAGAA